CUUUCACAAGGUCUUGCCAGGCCAAAGAAAUGUGGAUUAAACUGCAGUAACCAAAAUAGAUACAGUUGUGUUACUUAAGCGGCUUGUGUAACAUGGUUUGUUCCAUUUUACAGGUGAAAGCUACACUUAAAGUCUUACCCUUAACUGUGUUCUGUAUAUUUCAAGAUGUACCAUCCAGCUUCAGAAAACAGAAACACUCUGAAUAUUACUGCUCUAAGCAGUAACGUGGAGGAACAAGAUACAGCAAAGAAGGAGUAUUACAGCCUAAGUUGGGAGAAUGUCAUAAUGGGGACAAGAAUCGAAGAAAGGACAACUUUGUCAGAUCACAAUAAUUUACAAAGAGAACAUUAUGAGAAGAAGCAGCAGAUGGUUUUCCUUGUGCAGAUGUCACCAGAUCAGAAAAUGAAAACAGGGCGACUUGGAGAAAAGAUGGUAGAGUACCAACUGCCCUACAAGAAAGUGCUUCCUGUUCCCGUUUUCAUGCCACCUAAAGUUCAAGAUUCCAGAUCUCAGAGGACAGCAACACCAGAAGAGCUUAGAGCCAUGGAAAAAUUUGAGAAUGCCCUGUCAGAUGAGACAGGCACAUAUAAAAGACAUGUUGAUGACAUCAAGAAGGACAUGCCAAAGGUUGUACAGCCAAGCAGGCUGAACGUCAGAAUUUCUAGCCUGCUAUCUCCUCCUCCCAAAGCACAGCAGCAUUCAGAGGUCAGACACUGAAUUAGAGUCCCAAUCAUUCAUAAUGCAUCUUUUAGCUGAAUCUGUCACAGAAAUGUUCCUGUGAAUGUAUUUAGACGGUCUUAAUUUGUACAGUCAUUUUCAGAAGCACUGUGAAUGUAAAACAGCUUUAACUUUUAGUUAUACAUGUGCCAUUUGAUUAUGUCUUAAUAUUUAACAGCAUGCAAUGAUCUAGAUAACUUUAAUCUAUGGUUCUAAUCACAUAAAAGUAAAAGACAGUGAGCUCUUUCAAUCUAUGAUUUUUUUAUUUCAAAACUGUUAAGAGAUGUAGUUCUAUGUCUCCAGGCAUUAGUAUUUUUAUGAGUCCUCAAAUAACAUUUGCUCCAUUGCUUUCUUUAAAGCCAGCAAACAGGAUUGUACUUUGAGGAAACUUUGAAUUUCCUGCAGAUGAUAAAUAACUCUUUCAGAUUUUCACAUCAACAUGUUCUUCUAUAGUGUUGCAGCCUCAAUUAAUCGAUGCAGACUGAUGUUAGAAGGACUGUAGAAUAUAUAUCCCUUUUUGGCCAAACAUUCUUGAAUGGUGCUGGAAAUUUUAUUUCUUUUUUUUUUUUUUUUUUUUUUUUUUUACAUUGAAGGCAUGUCACAACAGCUGUUGGACUGUGAAGCUUGUCACAUUAAGGAAUUCUGUUUCAGUCUUUGGCCUUGCAGAAACUAGCCAUCACAAGUUCUUGAUGAUUUAAACUGUCAUUUUUAUACAACUAGUCCUAGUCACAUGAACACCAACACAAUUUAACUCUCCUAAUACUGAUUUUCACAAGAUUAGGAUGAAAUCUACUUUCAGGGACUUACUUAACACUUUUGUGAGAGAAAUGUUUUUCUCUUUUUUCUCCAGUUUUUGAAUGACACCAGGCCAGUGAAAAUGGUAAAACAAUUCCUUUAUGGAUCUGCUUCCACUGUAUUGAGAUAGUCUAACACAUUUUGGGGUUCAUGUUAAUUCAAACUUAAAACCUUAAAAUAUGCAGUACAAGAUGUCAAAAAUAACAUCAACAAAUACACCAAAGCAUUGUGUUGUGUCUGAUAUAUGUAAUAUCAUUUAAAGCUGUAGAAGCUGUCCCUUUGAUAUGUUUCUUAUCAUAUGCUUUUAACUUGAGUACUAUUUUGUGGUUUAAAAUCUGUUUUUGUAUUUACCAUCACAGUUACUGACACGUUUCAGCUUUAAUUACUGACUGGUUUAUGAAGACAUGUUAUUUUGAUGAAAAAUAUUUAAACAUGCCAUUAAGAUUGAAAAUCAAAUCCAUUUGAAGGUAAAACAAUUUGUACAAUAAAGUCUUAAGUGUUUUGUUGAUCCA